GGGGGCGCGUCAAGUAACCUGGCGGAAGGGGCGGAGCCGAGCGGCGGCGACGCUGCCUGGUCGCCUAGCAACAGCCCAGCUAGAAGCGAUGGAGGCCCGCAGCAGCAGGGAGCUCCAAGCCAGGAAUUAUUUGGAAAAACAUCGGAUUAUGGAUUUGCUGACCUAUCUUACCAGCGCCCUCCUCUUUUUCCGGCCGGAAAGACCAAGAGAGUAUUUAAUAUCUAUACUGGAACGGCUGAGAAUUGCCAAACUAUCAGGCGUGGCUCUCCCUUUCUUUAUGGAUAACUCUAAUAUUGCAUCUAUGUUUGAGAUGCUGGACUCCUCGAAUAAAGGAUCCAUAUCAUUCGUACAGUAUAAAGAAGCACUAAAAACCCUGGGUCUGUGUACUGCAGAUGAAGUUUUAAAAGAUGAUGGACAUGGAGUAACUUUUGAAAAAUUCAGGAAUGAAGUGCCCAAGAAAUGGACAAGACACAGAAGGACCAUGGCAGUGACAGCUCAGUAGCACCUGGAGAACCAG